AUGGCUUCAGGAAGCCGUCUGCCGUCAUCACGGCCGCCCGCUAGCAAAGCAAGACCAAUGUCCAUGUUCGAAGUCCCAUCACACCACAUGAAGAAGCUGCAAAACCUAGGAGACGGCGACGACAUUGGCGACAUAGAUGUUCCCCCCUCCGGCGCAUCCGCGAAACAGGCGAAACGACGUAGCCUACUACCGACCUUUUCGCGUAAACAAUCACCAGACAACGACAACGAAAGGGUGGGAACGAUUAGAGAGGACACAUCGGAUAGUGAGGUCAACACACGGGCAGGAGCGAUGGAUGAGAGAAAGGCCAUGCCGCCUCCGCCAAAGCCAGCUAGGCCGACAUCUAUGCGACUGCCGGGCUCGGUGCCAGCGAGGACGAGUAGCAUACACACACGAGUUCCCUCGAAGGAGAGCACCGGGACCAGCGCCCGGAGUAAUCGUGCUCCAACGCCAUCGUCAGGCGGAGCAGCAAAGGCAGACAAUGCUAUCAAGCGGACAGGCUCCACGAAGCUACCACAAUCGCCUCGGACAGGAGGUCCUGCAGCACCGCCUGCGCAGCAAGCGAUUCCAACACGAGGCAGUAGCACGAGGGCGACUGCAUCUACCACGGCUCAGAAGCGGUCGUCAAUUGCUGCAAAGCCGUCAUUUGCUGACCGGCCAUCUUCGCGCUCUACACAGCCAUCACCUGCACCCGCGUCGCCUCCUGGCCAAAGUUCGCAGCGGCCGAGCACGAGAUCCUCCCAAAUGCCACCACCCUCGCGACCGACUUUCUCUACCUAUCAGCAACACUAUAGUCCUGCCAAGUCUACUCUUCCAAAGCCUGGGCUACCUGCUACGAAGCCCGCAAAGUCAGCUGCGCCUGCAAGCAUAGAACCCGAUGUGCCCAUGACCCUUGAUGUCGCAUUGGAGCAGAUAGAGCUUAUCCAACUGUCCUUGGUGCACGAAGGUGCCGCGCAAGUCAUGCAAGCCUUCGAAGCCAGUGCCAAGUCGAAGCUCAGCAAACGACACGCCAGGUUACGCAAGCAGUACGAAGACAUCCGCGCUCACGAACAACAGCAUCGUAGAGCUGUCAACCUCAAUGCCCUUGAGUCUUGGUGUCCUGAUGCAGCUCUGAUGGCUGAGCAUUUGCAGACCUUGAGCCGCAUUGUGACGGAUCUUCGAGCACAUACAGACCCGGGGAGUCGGCAUUCGGAACUGGUGGAAACAUUCGAUGACUGGGCGACGAAAGCUGAGGAGCUUCUGCUGAACGAUCAGCACCCAGCUACUUUCAUCGAAGCUUUACCCGAAUCGUGGCGAGCGAUACAUACGUCGCUGGCGCUGAAACUACGCUCGAUACAGCGUGACAUCAGUGUCCUGCCACCUCCACCGCCCAGGCAUGGCGCAGACUCACCUUCGAGUCUAGAGACCAUCUUAGAAAACUGCUCGUCCCUGGUGGACAGCAUGCUCAAGGAGCUCGACACCAUGACGAAACUACAGAAAGAAGUACUCCAGCGCGGCAAGGCACGCAUUGACGAACAAAUCAACGCCCUCAUGGCCGCCUACCAGCAAGCACAAGGCGAAGAGAAAGGAAACUGGGUGCCAGCGUGGCAAAGCGUGUCAUGA